AUCCAUUGAUAUUUUAUUACUGUUUUAUUUUGGCAGGUGUUUUUGUUGUUGUUGUUUUUAAAUGGAAAAUUCAUUCUUAAGUUUAUUGGGAAAGUUGAAAAAUGAAAGAAUGGUUAAGAAAAAGUUUUAAAAAGUGAGGAGAAAAUAUUUGCAUUAUCACACAGCAAAAUAUAUUAUAUUGCAACUCUUUAGUAACUAAAAUGGUAUGAUGCUAGAAGGAGAAUUAUGAACCAAAUCCAUGCAGAAAUGAGGAUCUGGUAUGUUACAAAGAUGGCAUUUCAGAUUAGUUGGAGGAAAGACAAAAUUAUUAAAGACGUGGCUUUUGGACAAUUAACUCGUUAUUUGAAAUAAAGUAAUUUAUCUCACCCUGCAUACAAAGAGAAACACAAGAUAGAUUAAAAGUUUAAUGUAAUAUAUAAAGUCCUAACAAUUGAAAAAAAAACUCAAAAGAAUUUUUUAAAAGGAAAGCAAAUGACCGAUUUGAGUACCUAGAAAUAAAAGCUUCUGCAGAAUGAGAGACGGUUAAAAGACAAAUGACAGAUUGGGAUAAACUAUUUAUAAUACACGCUUAACAGGGUCCUAAUGUCUGGUGCACGCACAGUCUCUACAGACCAAUGCAUAAAGCCAUCCAGUCCAGUGAGAAGCUGAACAAAUUAUAUGAUGGGUAAUUCAGAGAAGAAAUACAAGUAGCUAAUAAAUGUAAAAAGAUUACUCAGGCUCAGAAGGGAAUCAGGGAAAAUGCAAGUUAGAACAGCAAUGAGAACAAUUUUCUUUUUUUUUUUUUCAGAUGCCGUUUUGUAUCUGUCAGGCUGGGGGGAAAAUUGUCCUGGCAAAGAUGGGGGAAAGUAAGGUUCUUUCCAGCUCUGUUAAUAAGAAUGCAACUUAAUACAAUAUGAGGGGGUUUUUUUGGAGGGCAAUUCUGCAUUACUUAGCUCAAUUAAAAAUGCAUAAAUUCUUUGUCUUAUAAAUUUUAUAGAGGUUUCUACUCCAGGGAAGUAUUGGUAUACUUUGAUAAAGACAGAUCCACACUUUGUAGCAUAGGUUUGAACCAUUUUGAAUUAAUUUAUAUAUAUAUAUGGUGUACAGGAAGGGUCCAACUUCAUUUUUUUUGCAUGUGGCUAUCCAGUUUUCCCAGCACCAUUUAUUGAAGAAACUGUCCUGUCAUCAUUGAAUCUCAGCACCCUUGUCGUUUGAUUUUUUUCAGCGAUUCCAUUAUUCUAAUAAUAAUGCCUUUUCCCUCCCCAAUAAACAUUAAUCUGAAAAUUUCAUCUGUACAGAGUUGAAACUUGGGAGGGCAGUAAGUGUAUGUAGGUGGUGGGAUAGGUGGCUAUGUGAUUGCAUUCCUUGUGUUUAUUUAAAAUACUGAUCAGGCAAUUUUUAUUUUACUUUAUUAUUUUUUUUUUUUAGGCAGGGCUAAGCUUUAACGUGAGUGAUUCAAGCUCAAGCCUAGAGCAUCAUCAGUUAUGCUCCCUAGAACGAGCAAUGGGUGUUUGGUCACAGACCCGAAAGUUCUUACUUCUAAGAAGGGCCUUUUCUGUGCUAGGAAAUUCUAUUUCUAUGCUGACUCUGAGCCUGGGAGUUUGGAAACAAGAGUUUAUUGAGUUCUUUUUUUUUUAAACCUCAUCUGAGGAUAUGUUUAUUGAUUCUAAAGAGAGAGGAAGGGAAGUGGGAGAGAGAGAGAGAAACAUUGAUCAGUUGCUUCCGGUAUUUGCCCUGACCCAGGACCAAAUGCAAAACCCUUUUGGUGUACAGGACAGUGUUCCAGCCAACUGAGCAACUCAGCAGGGGCUUCAGUUCCUUUUAUUAGGACCACCAUCCAGCCUCUUCCUCACAUCUUCCCUCUGCGACUCCACCCUUCCCUUUCUCCUCUCUGCUGUCCCUUUUCACUCUUGGUCCCUCCUGGGAUCCCAUCCCAAUCAGAAGGGCUAUUCCAAGGCUGCUAGAAACGUUCACCACAUGGUAUUUUUUCCCAGUGACGGCUUUAUCUCUCUGGGCAGUUAAAUAGUGUUUUCACCCGCUGCUAUCUGCUUGUGAAUUAGAGGUGGAAACUCUGGGGUAAGAGGUUAAGACUUGUUUAAGCCCUGGGAGACAAAGUCAGUAGUGGGGUUAGAAUGGGACUUUAAAAAUUCUUAGCAAAGAUUAAGAAUUUCUCUGCCUGGCGUCAGUUCUAAGGAUUGUGCUUCUAGAUAAGAGCUAAAGAUGGGGAAAGGGAAGUUGCUUUUUCCUUUGUCAUCCCUGGGCAAGGACUGACCAACCAGGGAGCACUGAAGGGGAGGAAAUGGAAAAUGCCUAACGUGGUUGCUUGCUUUUAGAGGCUCUGUCAUGUGGAAAGACCACUGGCCUGAUGGCCUGAGCAUGGGUCCUGCUCUUGACCCUGUGGCUAACCCACGGUGUGCACUUUGCCUUCACUUAAUCGCUUCAGCCAUCAUAAUACCUCUAUUAUGGGAUAAUUGAACUAAAUCAUCUUUAAUGUUGUCUUUUCUACGUGCCGUGUAUUUUGAGGGCGCGUUUGAUAGUCGCAGGUUAGAAGGUGCCUGGUUUUAGCACUUAGGGCUAGUGUCGUCUUCUCUUGCUCCCACCCUCAGCCCUAUCCCUUAUUCACGGUGUGUGCUUAUAUUUCUUCAUAGACUCUCAUGGGGUUUGUCUUUUGCACGCCCUACAGGAAGAAGGCGGAAUAAAUAAUCAAGACACACAUAUGCAUAUAUGAAAGGGUCAGGCAAGCACUCCCUUCUGUGCUUAAUUCCUGGUUUCUCAGGGAAUGUCACAAGCGGAGUCCCUAACACUCGGAGGCAGAGGCUUUGACUAGACAAGACUGUUAAGACGGCUAUGCCACUGAAACUAACCAGUCAGUUCAGUGAACUAGUCAAUUGAAAUUCUGAUGGAAUGACUUGUUUUCCAGAUGGCCUAGAUAAUUAGUCAUCUCACCCUGGGCAGGUUUGUGCUAGCAGUUUGUACUGCUCUAGAUUUUAGUAAGUUUAAUAUUGGGGAAAAUCAGAGCUCAGAGAGCUCUCACUCUUGCUGUGCAAUGAUGGAUGAUACCAAGUCCCCCUAGCAUGUGUCAUUCUUUAGCCUGAAGACUUCCAGGUGAGUAUACCUUUCACCCUCGUGGCUGCCCUACCUCUGGCCACACGUGGGGCCACCCAGGUGUUCUCCACAUGAAAUAUAACCAGUGUUAUGCCCAAAGCUACCACUUCCUAGCCAUUCAGAAACAACAAACAACACGUUAAUGUAUAGACAGAGGAUAUUUAAACCUUUAUCUCGGAAGACCAAGGUUCAGGAUCACAGAGCCAGGAUCUGGCAAAAUAAGAGUUCCGGUCACAAAUGCAUAUGUGAUGCAUUUUGACAUGUACUGCUAAGAUGACAUGCAGAAAUGAAAGCCACACACCUGUUUUAGUAUUCUCAGAUGUGAUUAGAUGUACUUUAUCAUGUCUUUAUGCUGCUGACCUAUAAGAAAAAAACAAAACACUAAAAAAGGGUAACUACAGCUAGGACCUGCAACCUCGAUGCUUCUGGGAUGACCUGGGACAUGACAAGGAGAGAUUUUAUUACAGCACAUUCACACCUCAUCUGAGCCCUCAGCCUGGAUUCAUACACGUUUCCUUCAUUGGCAGUUGUCACCAGACACUUUGCCUUCCAGGAUGGCAGACAGUCUCCCUACAGAGUUUGAUGUGGUUGUUAUAGGGACAGGUUUGCCUGAAUCCAUCCUUGCAGCUGCGUGUUCAAGAAGUGGUCAGAGAGUUCUACAUGUUGAUUCGAGAAGUUACUAUGGAGGAAACUGGGCUAGUUUCACCUUUUCAGGAUUGCUCUCCUGGUUGAAGGAGUGUCAGCAAAACAGUGACACAGGGGACGAAAGUACUGCUGCAUGGCAAGACCUGAUCCAUGAGACAGAAGAAGCCAUCACUCUUUGUGGGAAGAAUGAAACCAUACAGCACCCAGAAGUGUUCUGUUAUGCCAGUGAGGAUGACAAUAUUGAAGAGAUUGAUGCUUUGCAGAAAAAUCCUUCCUUGGUAGCAUCUAGUACCCCUAGUAAACCUCUGGAUUCUGCAUGCCUACCUGAAGAAGCACAUUCAUAUGUUACUAGCCAUGAAAUGCCUGCCAAAGACACUCCAACACAUGAUGGAGAAAGUUUACCAGAAGCAACUGAUAUAGCGGAAACUCAGGAGAAAGAAAAAUAUUGUGGAGAUACUAUUUCUAUACCCACAGUUUCAGAUGGAGAUAAAGAUGAAAACAAACCUGUGGUAGAAGACAACACUGUUCACCCAAAGAAAAAUAGGAUUACUUACCCUCAAAUAGUAAAAGAAGGCAGGAGGUUUAAUAUUGACUUGGUAUCAAAGCUUCUGUAUUCUCAAGGAUCGCUAAUUGAUCUUUUAAUCAAAUCCAAUGUUAGUCGUUAUGCUGAAUUUAAAAGUGUCACUAGGAUCCUUGCGUUUCGAGAAGGGAAGGUAGAGCAGGUGCCUUGUUCCAGAGCAGAUGUCUUUAAUAGCAAAGAGCUCACUAUGGUGGAAAAGAGAAUGCUAAUGAAGUUUCUUACAUUUUGCUUAGACUACGAACAACAUCCUGAUGAGUACCAGGAUUUUAUGCAGUGUCCCUUUUCAGAGUACUUAAAAACUAAAAAGCUAACCCCCAACCUCCAGCAUUUUGUCCUGCACUCAAUCGCAAUGACAGAGUCGUCCUGCUCCACAAUAGAUGGCCUGAAAGCAACACAACACUUCCUCCAGUGUCUUGGGCGGUACGGCAACACUCCGUUUUUGUUUCCCUUGUAUGGCCAAGGAGAAAUCCCCCAGUGUUUCUGCAGGAUGUGUGCAGUUUUUGGUGGAAUCUAUUGCCUUCGCCAUAAAGUACAAUGCCUUGUAGUUGACAAAGAAUCUGGGAGAUGUAAAGCAAUUAUAGAUCACUUCGGUCAGAGAAUAAAUGCUAAGCAUUUUAUUGUGGAGGAUAGUUUCCUUCCCAAGGACACAUGCUCAGAUGCGCAGUAUAAGCAGGUCUCCAGGGCAGUGCUCAUUACAGAUCAUUCCGUGCUAAAGGCAGAUUCAGAUCAGCAGAUCUCCAUUCUCACAGUGCCUCCAGCGGAACCAGGAGCGAGCGCCAUUCGGGUUAUUGAGUUAUGUUCCUCAACCAUGACAUGCAUGAAAGGCACCUACCUGGUACAUCUGACCUGUUUGUCAUCUAAAACAGCAAGAGAAGACUUAGAACCGGUGGUGGAGAAACUGUUCAUCCCUUAUGCUGAGGCAGAAAUAGGCAACGAAGAACUUGCAAAGCCAAGACUCUUGUGGGCGCUUUAUUUUAACAUGAGAGAUUCCUCGGGGGUCAGCAGGAGCUCCUAUAAGGGCUUACCUGCCAACAUCUAUGUCUGCUCUGGGCCUGACUGUGGACUGGGGAGUGAGCAUGCGGUCAAGCAAGCUGAAGCUCUUUUCCACGAGAUCCUUCCAGGUGAAGACUUCUGCCCCCCACCUCCAAACCCAGAAGACAUUAUCUUUGACGGUGGUGAUAAGCAGCCAGAGGCUCCUGGAACCAAUACUAUCAUAAUGGCCAAACCAGAGUCCUCUGAAGGAAGCAAAAACCUAGAAAGCCCAGAGAAGCACCUUCAAAAUUAGAGGGGAAAAAGGGAAACUGGAAAUGCUACUUUGGGCCUUCCCCUUAGCAUCAGAAUAUCUCAUUUAAAGGACAGUUUCCUAGAUGAGCAAUGAGAAGUGCUUGUAUGAUGGUGCUGUGCAGGUGCUGACUUUAAUGCUGUUUCAGACAUUCAGUCAUUGAGUGUCUUUGUUAACCUAUCAUUAACGGAUUUCUUAGUUAUUGGACUGUUUUUUGUUUGUUCCAGAAUGUUCCAUGAACCAGAAUUUUAAACAGGGUUAGCUUUAGCUUAGUAUUGGGUAUAUAUGUAAGGGUUCCAUAUUAGCAACUCUGCUUAAAGGAAGGUAAUACUGUAUUUGCCGAUGAUCUUCAGAUUUUUUUCUCUACAAUGACAAUGUCUAAGGAGUAUUGUACUUUCCAGCUAUUAAAUUUGCACCUCUGAGUAAAACACACACAACAAAUUAUGUGGGUCUUUUGUAUAUAAUAUAGACAUAUUUAUGGUAGCAAUAGCAAUUAAUACAAGUGCCAAUAUAAAAUACAUUUGUCUAAUGAAAAGAUUAGCUUUGCAUGAUCCUUUAUUGUGAAGGUCUGAUGUUUACAGUAUGUCUUACUGUUGAAUUCUACUGGACCCCUGUAACCCAGGAGGCAAGGUUGCCACCACAAUCUCCUACAUUAGAAACAGUGCCAGAGAGUUCGGUUACUUGUCAAAGAGCUCAUUCCUAGGAGGUUCAGUCACGGAAAAUCUAGGGGAUAAGAUUAGUUCUGAUUUAAUACUUCAGAAAAUUUCUGCAGACCCCUGCUCUGGCACCUAAAAGAAAAGAAUUUCCGACCAGUAACUCAGGCAAAAAGAAAAAAUAAACUUGCCCCAGGAAACAGAUACUUCAGAAUGACUGUUGUGAAAUUCCCAAGGAGAAACCUUGUGUGUCCAUUUUAACCUGGGGUUGAUUUGCCCAGCUUUCAACCACAGGAAUUAGCAGCACUAACUGCAACUGACAGGAACAAAUGUAAGAAGAAUUUGCCACGUCCCUUGGGUUGUGCCCACCCCAACUACCUUCAUAAUCGCUCUGCCUCUUGACUGGGAUCUAUCUAGAAGGUUGAAAUACAUGUUUUUCCAGAACCACCAGAAGUCAUAAAGCUGUUAGUCCAGUGGUGAAAGCCUGUGGAGCUGUCAGAAGAGGUCAACUCUCUUAGUCCCAUUGCAUUCCUCAGUCAGAGGAUGGGAAUUCUGUAGGGAGAGAGCCCUGCAGGGACAGUUUCUGUUAAAUGAGCCUUUACUCUGUGCUGGGCAUUUACAUGCUCUCUCAUUACGGCUGCUCAGCCCUGAGAGGCGGGUGUCAUUGGAUCCAUUUUCAAAGAGGAAAUCAAGAUUUCAUUCCUCAUUUGCUCAGAGCCUGGUGUGUGGAAGAGCCAGCAUUGGGAUCCAGGCUUUCGUGAUUUCAAAGUCUUUCCACGAACGUCGACUUCGAAGAGCGCAGGCGCUGUAGAAGGAGUGCUGCUCAGGAAAGUCAGCCUAGUUUUGCUGGUGAGUAAAAGGAGACAGGAAUUGGUCUCCAAGCUCAUCACUGAAUCAGAAAGGCGGGAAGAUUAGGAGUAAUUAAAAAUAAAUUUAGCUUAGAGCUGUGGACCUCACUGAGACAGAAUUUGGCUAAGUUUUGACAAAAUAGUGCUUUUUAAUAACGUAUCUUUUGAUCUGAACAUCGUGUCAUAAAACAAUACAGAUGUACUAAGCCAAAAAAAUGCUCUGAAUAGUCUUUGCUGCUCCCAUGUAUGAGGAAAAUGGAAGGAGAAAGACUUAACUAAUUUACACCUUCAGAAGUCAUAAAAUGGUAUUUUGCUAUGUCGAAAACCAUCUAAAAAUAUUAAUAAAAGUCCACCAUUAAAAAUCCAAAUGGUGGAUCCUAAUGUUUAAAUCCAGCCAAAAUGCCUGAAAUAGACCUAAAACUUAGUCAUUAAAAUGAAAAAGUAUUUAAGAUGAUAAAUGAGAUGGAGGUGAAGGUCAUCCAGACCUUUUGAAAAAAUUUUGGUUUCCACACAAAUAUUAUAAGAAUGUGAGGAAAGGAACAAUGAAUUCCAAAAGAUGACAGAGACAGACAUAAUCAAAACAGGAAAAAAGUGUUAAACAAAUCCAAGAUAAAGGUGAUUUUGAAAACUAACAAAAUGAGUAUGCUACUUUCUACUUGGAUGUAAAAUAAAUCGGAAGUGAGAGAAGUAACCAAUACAAAGCCUUGGAAAACUAGGCAGUGUUAUAACCUGUAAUUUCCUGAUGAGUUGGAAACCUACCCUAAUGGGCCUAUUGGUGUAGCUUUCAAAUGUUCAAAGAAUAAAUAUCUCUGUGUCCUGAAAGACCAUAGGCUGAUAUUUGCAUUUUGAAAAGGAUUUCGUUCUGAAUACAUGCAAAAUAUUGCCAAGUAAUAACAAAGUGCAGGCAUCCCUCAUUUCAUUGCGCUUCUCUUUAUGGCGCUCUCUAGAGGUUGUGGUUUUUUUUUUCCAAUUGAAAGUAAGACCCUCCACUGGCAAAAAGAUUAUGACCUGCAUUUUUUAGCAAUGAAAUAUUUCUGUAGACAUGCUAUGCACACUUAAUAGACUACAGUGUAGUGUAAACAUAACUUACAUGCACCAGAAAACCAAAAAAUUUGUGUGACUUCACUUUAUCACUAUACUCGCUUUAUUGUAUAACCGAAAUCUGUGGGGUAUGCCUGUAACUAGUCACUAUGACUCAGGAUUAUAAGGCCAGUGUUCAACAGGGCAAAAUAGUAAAAAAUUCAAGCUGUUAAAUACAGGUUACUUUAAACAUCUGAAUAACAUUUAUCAUUCAUCUUAGUUUUAAUUAUCUCCGGUAAUGCUUUUGUUGGUUUCUCAUAGUGUGAUAAGUAAUUACUUAAAACCAAGAACUAGCAUUUCUACUGGGAAAAUAUAUAUGAAAUAUUUCUCAAGCAGAAAUCAAACAGUCUUGACACCGUUUUUACUUAUAUGUGGUUGAAGGAGCUUGUAAUAAAACCUUAAUGCGCAUUCACAAAAUGAGAAAGACAAGGAAAGAAAAUAUUUUCUAUGACAUGGAUUUGUAACUAGUGAACCCAAUAAUAUAUAAACUGACAAUAAAAGACUAUAAUUAAGGAAGUCGCAGGAUAUACAAUCUUUAAGAAUUUCAUUUCUAGAUUCCAACAGUGACAAACUAAAAUUUAAAAAGUGUUUGGAUAUUAAUAUAUAUGAGCCAUCUAAAGAAAGUUAUACAACUCUAUUGGGAUAAAUUAAGAAAGAUAGAAGCAGGUGGAGGGAAAUAGGGAGUCCAAAAACCAAAAUUAGAGUCCUCACCUCACUAAUUACCGGUUGUAUGGUCUUGGGAAAAUCACUCCUAGCUUCUCUUUCAGCAUCUAUAAAAUAGAAGUAAUACUUCACAGAAUUAUUCUGAGGAUUAAGUUAAUGUACAUGAAAUAUCUAAAAAAGGAAAGGCAAUAGGUGACGUUAGGAUGCAGGAUUUACCUCAUUGCCACUUAACAUUCCAAGUGGAUGCUUUAGAUAAUAUGACAGAAUUGUGAUAAAUUAUGUAGGAAAAUAAACAGGCAAACUUAGGGGAAAAAUGGGAGUCAUACUUCAAAUCCUUAAAAUGUGCUAUUAAACAACCUUUCUAAAUAUACUAUGCACUGAGUAGAAAGUUUAACAGACUAAUAAGCCAAUUGGAAAGAAGGAAAUGCAUGACUGCCGGUAGAAAGACAAGCUGGAUGUCAGUAUAAAAAAAAAUUACACCCACAUUAUAUAAUAACUUCAUUCCAGAUGAAUUAAAAUGUUAAGUAUCAAGGUUAAAAAAGGCACUACAAUUCUCAUCCCAAUAACAGUAGAAAAAAAAACUUUAUUGCACUGAAAAUCAUUAUUGACUGGUAGAUGAGAUUAACUAAAACAAAAUGGAAAAUAUACUAAAUAAGAAAACUGAAGAAGAGAUGGGAUUUUAAAAAGCUACGUGCAUUAUAUAUGAAUCAAGUGCUUAAUAUCUUUUAAAAGGGAGGUGCAAAUCCAUCAGGUUUUCUACUCUUUACUAGGCAAAUUUAUUGAAAGAAUUGAUUCAAAUGAGAAAAUACAAAUAAAAGUAAAUUCUUAGGAUGAUAUUCAGAUCUCCUAAUAUAAAACAAUGCAAAUUGAAACAACUUUGACCUAGUUCAUGCUAUAGCAAAAGUGUUUCAACUGCAUGUUCCUAAUACCAGUAGCAUUGUUAUAUCAGUAGUUUUUUAAGAGAACUAUUUAGAAAAAUAUAAGAGAUCUAUAACCAGUCUCUCUUUUGAUAGAUCUAACUCACUUGAGAAGCAUAUGUAAACUACUUGCAUAAAGAUAUUUCUAGUACUUCCAUUCAUUUAAGUUGUUUUUUAAAAAGCCAAGUAAUUGGGAAAUGUCUAAAUACGAUUUUGUGUAUUGCUAUUGCUAUCAAAAACUGUUAUGUAGCCAUUAAAUGAUAUUCAUAUAUGUAAAAUUGUAUGGGAAAAUGUUUAAAUGAGACUCAAAAGUGUUAGAACAUAAAUUAUAUUUACUGAUUAUAUUUAUGUACCUUGAAAAGGAUCAGAAGAAAACAAUAUUGGAAUUUAACAGUAAGAGGUUAUUUUUUUUUUCUGUAAGAUACUGAUGUGUGCAAUGAAAAAUAAAAGAUUAAUUGUGUAAUGGUG